AUGUCUGCCUUCGAGCCCGGCGUGACGAAGACGGACGAGCGCGUGACCGUCGUCGGCGCCAGCGGCUACAUCGGCAAGGCCGUCGUGCGCGAGUGCGUGCGCCGCGGCUACGAGACGACGGCCGUCGUGCGCGACGCGAGCAGGGCCUCCUUCGACGGCGCGACGAUCGUGGGCGCCGAGUGCGGUGACCUCGGCGGCAUCUCGCGCGCGUUCGAGACGGCCAAGACGGACGUUGUCGUCUGCUGCCUCGCGAGCCGGUCCGGCACGGAGGCCGACUCGCUCCUCGUGGACUACGAGGCCUCCGUGAACUGCCUCGAGGCGGCGCGGAAGUGCGGCGCGCGCCACUACGUGCUGCUCUCCGCGUUCUGCGUCGCGAAGCCCGACCUGUCGUUCCAGGCGGCCAAGCUCAAGACCGAGGCCGCGCUCGCGGGCCAGGGCGACGUGACCUACAGCGUCGUGCGCCCGACGGCCUUCUUCAAGUCGUUGAGCGGCCAGGUCGAGAUCUUGAAGGGCGGCGGGCCCUUUGUGUACUUCGACCUCGGCGGCGACCGGUCGGCGACGUGCAACCCCAUCUCCGAGGCGGACCUCGCCAUGGCCAUCGUCGACUGCGUCGCGGACCCGGCGCGGUCCUCCAAGGGCGGCGAGCCCAUCUGGAACGUCGGCGGGCCCGACGCGGGCAUCUCCAUGAAGGAGCAGGGCGAGUUGAUCGCGACGGCGAUCGCCGAGGUCGACGGCGAGCCGCGGAAGGAGCCCUGGCUGCUGGGCGUGCCCAUCGGCGUCUUCGACGGCAUCGUCGGCGCCAUCAAGUGGGCCUACGACCUGACGGGCUCGCCCAAGGUCAAGGACGCCUGGGAGCUCGGCCAGAUCGGCCGCUACUACGCCGUCGAGGACAUGCUCACGACGGCGCCCGCGGAGAAGUACGGCAAGAUGAGCCUCAAGGAGCACUACAAGCAGGUCGCCAAGGACGGCCAGGAGUACGACCCCUACACGACCAUCUUCGCCAAGGCGCCCACCGCGGCCAUGAAGGCGGCCGCGCCGGCCGCGGAGCGGACGGCCGACGCGCCCGACGCCGACGCCGUCGGCGUCGGCACGCCCCUCUUCGGGAAGAAGAAGUAG